AUCCCCACCAUGCAAGGCAGGCUCAGUCUCCCCACGCUCUGCCACUUCCUUCUCCCUUGGGCCUUCACCACCCUCCACAGAACCCUGGGGGACCCAGCAUCCCACCCUGGCCCCCACUACCUCCUGCCUCCCAUCCACGAGGUCAUUCACUCUCGUCGUGGGGCCACGACCACGCUGCCCUGCGUCCUGGGCGCCCCGCCUCCCAGCUACAAGGUCCGCUGGAGCAAAGUGGAGCCGGGGGAACUCCGGGAGACGCCGAUCCUCAUCACCAACGGACUGCAAGCCCGCGGCUACGGGCCCCUGGGGGGGCGUGCCCGGAUGCGAAGAGGGCACCGGCUGGACGCCUCCCUGGUAAUCGCGGGCGUGCGCCUGGAGGACGAAGGCCGGUACCGCUGUGAGCUCAUCAAUGGCAUCGAGGACGAGAGUGUGGCUCUGACCUUGCGCCUGGAGGGUGUGGUGUUUCCAUACCAGCCCAGCCGGGGCCGGUACCAGUUCAAUUACUACGAGGCCAAGCAGGCGUGUGAGGAGCAGGACGGACGCCUGGCAACCUACUCCCAGCUGUACCAGGCGUGGACCGAGGGUCUGGACUGGUGUAACGCGGGCUGGUUGCUCGAGGGCUCCGUGCGCUACCCAGUGCUCACGGCGCGCGCUCCGUGCGGUGGCCGAGGUCGGCCCGGCAUCCGCAGCUACGGGCCCCGCGACCGGAAGCGCGACCGCUACGACGCCUUCUGCUUCACCUCGGCGCUGACAGGCCACGUGUUCUUCGUGCCGGGGCGGCUGACGCUGUCUGAAGCCCAUGCGGCGUGUCGGCGGCGCGGGGCCACCGUGGCCAAGGUCGGGCACCUCUAUGCUGCCUGGAAGUUCUCUGGGCUGGACCAGUGCGACGGCGGCUGGCUGGCUGACGGCAGCGUGCGCUUCCCCAUCACCACGCCGCGGCCGCGCUGCGGGGGCCUUCCGGAUCCCGGAGUGCGCAGCUUUGGCUUCCCCAGACCCCAGCAGGCGGCCUAUGGGACCUACUGCUACUCCGAAUAGGGGUUCACCGCACCCCCUCCAGCGUGCUCCACAAAGCCUGGGAAUCAUGCCAGGGGUCUCUUGUCGCCCCUUCCCCGAGAGCAUCCCCUUCCACCAGACGAAAAGCAACCCCUCUCGACCCGCCUUCCCGGGCUAGGGCCGCAGGCUACGGAUCCCGGCUGGCCGGGGCGUCAGAGAGAGGAGUUGGUGGCGCCCCCGGUGGCGGUGCACGGCUAUUACCCUAGGACCUGAGGCGGUUCGCGUGCCUCAGCCAACCGUGCAGCCCAAGCUAGGUGGCGGAAGGAGAGUCGGGGUGGGGGGCAUUAACUGAUUCUGUAUACAGUAAUAAAAUAACUUGAGGACUCUU